CACGCCUAUCCCAGCUAUGAAUCUGCUGGUUGUGAUUUGGUGCUUCACAGUAUUGUGUUCCUCCCUCCCUGUUUCUGAGGCGAAGAAACGGGUCAAACGCUCAGAUGAUAGUGAUGAGAUGUACUACAUGCAGCCUCAGUUCCAGCCAUUUCCUGUACCCAUUCCAGUGCCAUUCCCAGGGCCUUUUGUUUUCCCAUUUGCCAUCCCGCCAGUUCCUCCACAGGUCAUCCCUCCACCUUUCAUCUUUCCACCUGUCAUCCCUCCAAUCGGAAAAUGAGAC